AUGGGCUUGCAUUCGGCCUCCACCGUGCUCGGCGACAUCAUAGACGAGCUCCGGCUCAAGUACGACCCCUCCGCCGGGCUUUUGGACGGCGACGCGGUGCGCGAGGUGCCCAGUUUGAACACGCUCCAGAACGUGGGCAAGCUUUUGACCAAGCUCUCCGCCAGCUUGGCCGCCAGCGAGGAGCACGACCGCGCGUUGCUUCUCCGCGCAGACGCCAUGUUGAGCGAGGCCCGGCUGAAGCCGCCGCCGCCAGAAGACGAGGCCCCGGAGCCUGAGGCCACGGCAGAGGCAGAACACAGCGCGGGCGCCGCGCCCGACGGGGCGCUCAAACGCGAGCGGGCCGGCGCCGAGCAAGACGGCGGCGGCGAGCCGGGCCCGCCCGCGAAAAAACGGCGCCUUGUCAACAGCAAGGACGACCCCAAGCCGCCCGUGCAGACGGGCUCGUAUACCCAGGGCAACGACACGCGGCUCAAAAACCCGAAGUCCGAGUUCGUGGGCGUGCAGACGCUAUCGCAGACGGCGGUCGCCGAGCUCGGGCUCUUCUCCGAGGAAAACAACGGGCUCGAGACCCAGGGCAAGGAGUACUUGAAGAAGAAGUACGGCGUGGCGCUGUACCCGGCGAACGACUUGAAGCGGAUGUUGCCCGGCGAGAUCCCCGACCACGACUUCUCGAAAACAAAGGCGCCGGCCAACCAGGUCCAGUUCUCGACGUACCAGUCGUACAUCGAGUCGUUCUUCCGUCUCUUUGCCGGCGAGGACGUCGCGUUCGUCAAGGACAAGUUCGUGAUUCCGCCGGGCUUCGACAAGAACUACGACCCGUUGGUCAGCCCGUACUUGGUGCCCAAGUUGGGGCCCUUCUACACGGAGGCGUGGGCCGAGGAGGACGCGGCGUUGGGCUCCAAGUUGGCGCUGCCGUCUUUCCAGCGCCCGCCGCUAGAGGCGUACCGGCCCAAGGGCGACCCCGAGGACUUGGUGGACGACAAGUUGUUGACCGAGGAUGUCUCGUGCGGCCCGCUCUCCACCAGGUUGCUCUCGGCUAUUCUCAGUGUGCACGAGGCCAAGAAACCCGACGACGACGCCGACGACGCCGACAACAUGUCGGACACGAUGAAGAGCGAGAGCUCGUUCAUCGGCGAGGACAUGUUUGGCGGCGACUCGGCCUGCCAGUUGAACAUGGCUGUGCCCUCCGAGGACACGGACUUUCUCUCGAUGGAGGAGCGCUUGAAGCGCGAGUUGAAGUACAUUGGCAUCUUCACCAACACGCCCCUCUGCGAGAGCGGCAAGGCCAAAAAGGGCAGCGUCAUCGACUCCGACGACUGGAUCAUCAACAGAGAGGACGACGAGAUCUGCGCAGAAAUAAGGCAGCUCCAGGACGAGCUCAAGGGCGCAGUGGUGCGCAACCGCAAACGCAAGAAGGCGCUCUUGCCCGUCUUGGAGGAGCACUUGGCGUACCAGGAAUUCUCCACCAUCUUGGAGGACCUAGACAAACAAGUGGACCAGGCGUACACGAAGCGGCUCAAGGCCAAGAGCAAGCGAAAGAAGCUUGCGCCCGAAACCACCAACUUGGCGCAGCAGCAGACCGCCAACAGCGGGCUCAAGACUCUUCUUGAAAAGCGCACGCGGUGGAUCAGCAAUAUCGGCAAGCUCUUUGACGCCCCGGAGGUGAUGAAAAGAAUUCCCGACUCGUCCGUUUUCGCCAACGACGUCCAUUCUGAUGACGACGAGGGCGAUGCGGAGGUCGAGGCUGCCAACGAGGACGCAUCUUAG